AUGUCAUGCCAAAGACCGCCCAGGCCGAUCGACUGGUCUGAUCGCACGCAGCCAAAUUUCGCGCGCGGUGACGAUAUCAAUCGUGAACGAUACACCAAUGAGACCCCGGGGCUAAGAACGGAAGGUCUUGAUGAGGGACGCACUAACGAGCUGGGAUCACACCCAAAUCAUCCAACUCGCACGGGAAGCCAAUGGAACGACGUGGCACCGUCGAGCGUUUCUGCCUCCACUCCUACCGCCGUUGCAUCUGCACAGAUCGCGGUCCAGGACAAGGGUACAGUUGAUGGGGGUAACCACACUGCCAUUAUAGCGCGACAUCUCCCGGCUGCGGACGCUAUCUCGGUCAGCUCACCCGUCGAGGCUUCGCAGAACGCCGUGCACUCAGCUGACACCCGAGUGCACGAGUGCGCGGCUUGUGUAGUAGCACCACCAGGACCUACACAAGCCGGACCAUGCUGCCCUGCGGUCCCACUGAAACCCCGUUCUGUACAGUCCGUGAAUCUGCCUAGGAUGCCAGCCGGACGAGGCCCACAUGUUCCCACGAAUCCAACCUCAACACGGACACCAAUGUACAGGGUUCCUACGAUACAGCUUAGUCGCGAUGGCAGGAGAGUUCUGUAUCCUACUGCUUUGUGCGAUGUGCAGGAAGAGCCAACCAUGGGACUGGAGACGCAGGACAGCAUGUUUAAUGGUGGUUCUAUUGGGGGAGAAAUGCUGAAAAGGACCGACGAAUCAAAGCAGCUGUAUGUUAGCCGGAGAGAAAGUGGGAUCUAUUUCAGCCACUUCCUGCGACUCGGCGACAACACAUAA